ACAACGCGAAGAAAAACCCUCUCAGAGCCCUAGGAAGGCGGUUGAAUAGUGAGGCAGCGUCGGAACCCCGGGCUAGGGCAGAAAGCGAAGAUGAUCAUCCCAGUACGUUGCUUCACUUGCGGAAAGGUGAUUGGAAACAAAUGGGAUCAUUACCUUGAUCUUCUACAGGCAGACUAUUCUGAAGGAGAUGCUCUCGAUGCACUGGGCUUGGUUCGCUACUGCUGUAGGCGAAUGCUCAUGACUCAUGUAGACCUUAUCGAAAAGCUUCUUAAUUACAACACUUUGGAUAAGUCUGAUACCAGUUAGGCCGGGGACAAGUUUCUGCUUAUUCGUGUGCAGCAGUCAGUAUUUGGGUUUUAUGGUUUCUGGGUCCAGUUAAGAGAAAAAGAGAAUGUGUAGGAAGAUUCAGUGCAGGACUCAAGUUAAGCUGUGUUGCCGUCCUGCUUUGUUUACUUGUUGAUUUAUACGAACCCAAAUAUUUAAUUGUGAAGUGUUUUUAGGUCUCUACCAGUUAUAUAUCACAAUUAUGUAACUUUUGGCAUGUUGAUGUUAGCAAAGAGAAAAAGGGAAGUAGUUAGUUAUGCUGGGAAAGAGUUCCCUUCACUUAACUGACCCGGUGGAAGGCUGUCUGUAUCUGCAUUAUCUAGAGACCUAAUAGUAUAAAUAUCGAAUGUUUAUGUUGCACCUGCUAUUCUAAAUGCGCUAUUGGUUUCUCAUUGUUGAUUAAUAGAUGUGGUCAUUUAGUAAAAACCUACAAUAGGAUGUAUACUCAGUAUAUUUUUCCCACGGGCCCAGAA